AUUCACUGUAGGCGGAGAAGCGGCAUGUACCCUCCCAACCGCAAGGGGGCAAACGGCGCGCUUUUAGCGCUGGUUUUCCGGAGCGAGAGCGGGGCGACCGAUUUGCGCAUGCUCGGUGCGUCCCGGGGUCACCCUCGCCGGGAUUCCCACGUGCGGUGUGAACCUGAGGGCAUCAUGUUGUGAGAAGAUGGGGGCUGCGGUGAUUCGCGCGAUCAGGAAUGUCAAUCUCGAGAACCGGGCGGAACGGGAAAUCAGCAAGGUGAAGCCCUCUCCCGCUCCCAGGCACCCCGCCACCAAGAGCCACCUGCGAGAUCAGACGAAGAGCCAUCCAGAUAUUAAGAAAGAAAUCGAUAGAAAAGAUGACAAACUGCUGUCAUUACUGAAAGCUGUGUAUGUUGAUUCCAAAGAUCCUCCUAUGUCUUCUAUGCAGGUAGAAGAUGCUGGAACACGUCCAGAGCCAAAGGAGUUCCGAUUGCCCAAGGGCCAUCACUUUGACAUAAGUAUUGAGAACAUUCCCAAAGGCAAAAUUUCCAUUGUAGAGGCACUGACACUUCUCAACAAUCAUAAACUUCAUCCAGAUACAUGGACUGCUGAGAAAAUAGCAGAAGAAUACCAUCUAGAACAGAAGGAUGUAAAUUCUCUUCUCAAAUAUUUUGUUACUUUUGACGUCCAAGUCUUCCCUCCUAGAGACAAGAAAGCAAUACAGUCAAAAUGAAGGAAAUCAUGAAGUUAUUUUUCUAUGUACUCCCUGUCCCCUUGCCUUGUUUGUCUUCUCAUUUUUAGCAUAUUAAAUUAUAUACCUUACCUAAUGUUUAAAGCUUCCUCCUUGUGAGAGCAUCCUAUUUAUUGAGCUCUGCUGCAUUUUUAGGACUACUGAUAAAAUAAAUUUUGUUUUCAACUUUAA